GCGUGGAGGCAGGAGCUGUCCCGUGGCUGCGGCGCCUCCUCUCUGUCCUUGCUCCGGGGAGCUGUUUCAUGUGCUCAGCGCCGGAGAGUCAUGGUGCCGUAGAGUAGAGCGCAGGAGAGAAGUAGAGGACCGGCCUUCCCUGGUGACUGCCCCGCUGCCCCUUACCAGCAUGGCACCCCGGAGUGUGCCCGAGCAGCCUGGAGCGGACCCCUCCCUGUCCCCGGACUCCUCCUCUCUCCCACACUCGGGGUGCAGUUGUCCCAAGAGUUGCGGCAGCUGCCGGCUUUUCCUCGGCUUCUUUGCGCUGUCGCUGUCUUUGCACAUUGUCACCAUUUGCUGCUAUCUGGAGCUGCGCUCGGAGAUGCGUCGGGAGAUGGGAGCCGGGAAGUUCGCUCGGGGCUCCGGCCCAGGGACCAACGACGAGGAAGGGGACUUCUCCCAGCACCGGAGGACGGCGGUGCGGCUCUCUGACCUGCAGCACCCGGGAGCUGCUGAGCACCGCCAGAUGGCCCUAUUAAAUAGUUUGAGUAGUGAAGACAGAUCACAUCUGGAAGAAGGCAUCAGGCUUUUACGGAGGACGAGGCGGAACAAAGGCAGCGAAGGCUCUGAGAAUCCAAGUUCAGGCAGAAACAAGAAAAAGGGGAAAAAGGUUGGACCUCCGGGUCCAUCAGGACCUCCUGGCCCUGCAGGACCUCAAGGACCACCAGGACCUCCAGGACCACCUGGAAUCCCAGGUAUUCCUGGCAUACCAGGAUCAAAUGCUAUGGGCCCUCCUGGACCACCUGGGCCUCCAGGGCCGCAAGGACCACCUGGAAAUCAAGGACCUUCUGGGUCCGGAGACAGGACCAGUCCUAGAGAGAUACAGUCGGCUGCAGUUCACCUGCAUGGUCAAGACUCAGCAAUUCAAGUCAAAAAUGAUCUUUCAGGUGGAAUUCUCCAUGACUGGUCCCGGAUUACCAUUAACCAGAAGGUUUUCAGGCUGCACACUCGCACUGGCGAACUGGAGGUGCUUGUGGAUGGUACCUACCUCAUCUAUAGUCAGGUAGAAGUUUACUAUAUCAACUUUACAGAUAUUGCAAGUUAUGCUGUGAUGAUUGACGAGAAGCCAUUUCUACAAUGUACACGAAGCAUAGAACCUGGCAAAACCAACUUCAAUACCUGCUACACUGCUGGAGUUUGCCUCUUAAAAGCCAAACAGAAGAUUGCAGUAAAGAUGGUCCAUGCAGAUAUUUCCAUUAACAUGAGCAAACAUACGACAUUCUUCGGAGCCAUACGUAUAGGGGAAUUCCCUGGCUCAUAAACUGUAUGAACGACAAAAAUAACUUUUAAGGCCCACAAAGUGUUACUAGUCCACUUGACUUACCGGAAGUCACAGUUUUUGUUUUUUUGCAAUGAAAGUCUGUGAUUGGUUGUGUGCAGUGGAGGACAUGAAGAAACAAGUGGUUGUUUUAUACUGAGAAAUGGCACUGGAUAUUGCUUUCUUCAGAAGACUAUGGACAAUUCUGCAAGUAUGGCACCGGACCAUGUUGCCAGUACUGUUGGGAUUCUUGUUGCACUAGCUGGCCACCUUUCCAUGCAAGGGAUUGUCUACGCUGGUGGACAACUGUGUUGCUAAAGCGAAAUACAAACUGUUUCCCGCAUUAUGUUUUAAUAAGUAAUAUAUACACAACAGAAAUAAUUUUAUUAAUGCAAAAUACAGUGGAUCAAAUUCUAUUCACGUUUGAUCAAUACUUUGGACUUCAGCUCAAUAUAGCUUCUUGCCAGAUACUACAAAGUGAAAAAGAAUGUAAUUUUAGUUAGAGAUCAGAUGUUGAUAGAGAAUUUUUUUUUCCAUAAACAGUGCACAUAGUUUCUGUUGCAUAUCCAGAAGCUUCUAGGCAAACAUAUAUUGCCAGAAAUUGCAACAUAGGAUUACACUACAGUCUUGUCUUUUCUACCAUUGAGGGGCAAUGUCCCAGCUACAUCAUGCUGCUUUCUAAAAAACAUAAGAAAUGUGCAUGAAGCACAUCAAAAAGAAACAUUCUGAGAAUGAAAAUUCUAAUUUUCUAAUCAUUUUCUCAGUGCUCUGAUUUUUUUUAUUUUAUUUUUUAUUGAAAUGCUGCAUGUGAACUCCGCAUAACACUGCAUUCACGGCUGUUAGGGUAUGGUCACAAGUGCCAGAUUUGUUGCAGAAGUUUCUGUGACUAUACAUAUUCCAUACAUCCGUAUGGGGACAUUUCUGCUGUUUGAGCAUAGAUUUUCAAAAACCUCUUAUAGAGCAGCCUCAGAAAUCUUUGCAACAAAACAAAAAUGAAAUGUUUCUAAAAAAUGCUUUGUCUAACCGGAAACAUUUGUCCAUUCUUUUCUAUACCUGUACCAGUCGGUGCCUCAGAACCUUUAUAUCUUGCAGUAUUUUUUUUAUUUUUAGCCGUAUGCAUCUAUGUGUAUAUUGAUCUGCUGUGUGUAAUUGAUCCUGUAAUAUGAACGGACUGUGCCCCACGUACACAAUUAUAGACUGUUUUUUCCACUGUCAGUACUGUCUCUGCCAAAUUAAUUUAUAUAGAGGCAAAAUUAUAUAAAGAAAAUAUUUUCUAUUAUUUUCCUGCAAUAAGGUAAGGCAGAAUAAAGCUUUUUUUUUAUCUACCCCUCUAUAAUUUUUCAUCCAGAAGCCUUAGCAUUUAUCGAAUAAAUGAAUUAUUUCUUGUUUUAAACAAAUAGUUUGCAAAAAUACUAAUGUACAGCAAUUUUUACAUUUGUAAGAGAAGAUCAUAUGAUCAUUGUGCAAAAAUGUCAGACUUUACAUCUUAUCCACUUAUCUUCAUUCAGAUGCUGUUUCUCUAACCACUCUUUGCUUCCACCAAUUCCUGGUUUGAUUCCAAACUGUUGGCCAAUGCCAUGUUUCAUACAAUGUAUCCAGAAGUGGCCUUAGAACCUUUAUUAACAGGAAUGUUAAUUAAUUAUUCAUUUUAUCAAGGCUGUAGAUGGCUGAUGAAUUAAUAAUUUGAAGGACCAAAUCACUCAAUUGAUGCCACAAUUAUAUAAUAUGUAAUGCCUCAAAAUGUACAGAACAUUGUGAUGACUAGGUAUGCAUUGUAAAUACAGUGAAAAUACAGUGUACAGAAAGUUGUUUUUGUUAGGUAACACUAAAGACGAUUAAUGUGAAUUUCUAUCUUUUAUUGGUUGUUUUCUCUCUGCAUAUGGCGGGUGGAUUAGGAACAGCAUCUCACGGGCAUAAGUUGCCUAAGAUAUAAUGUGAGAAACAAACUUCUUAAUACAUUUGGAGCAUUUCUAUUUAAUGUCCACGCACCAGCUAUGAGCUGAAGUAGAUUUCUGGCAUAAGUUAUGUUCAGGGUAGGGUCUGAUGGAGCACAUCCGAAGCGUAUUUCACACUGCAAAUGUGCUGACGGUAGUCACAAGAGCGAUCUCCCUUCUGCGGCCGAGUAGCUCUGUAUGUCCGCUCAUGGCUGCCGAUGGGAAAUCCUACGAGCGGACACACAGUGCAGCAGGAAGCUCACUCUUGUGACUGCUAUUGGCACACAUGCUGCGGAUUCACACCAUGUUGUUAUAUCCUAAAGAGGUUAUCAUGGAUUGAAAAAACAUAGCUGCUUUUUUUUUUUUUUCCUCAAAGAGCACCUUGCUUGUCCUUAGUUUGUGUAUGGUAUUCCAGUUUA